CAGUACCCCUUGGGUGACGAGGAAAGCUGUGCCAUUUUGUGUUCAUUUAUGAUUAUCAUAUGUUCACCAGUACCCAGCUUUCCUUGUUUUCCACCCUUAUCUGUUGAUUUUCUUUCGUCUCCCCCUGUGGUGUUUAACUGUGCUUGUCGCUCGCUCGAGACGAGAAAUAAUUGCCCGAUGGGGUAGAAUCUAAUUAAAUAAUAGAAGUAGUACCUAUGAUUUCUAAUAUGCUUUAUUCUUGUCUCGAGCGAUUCUCUGGUGCGAGAUUUUCUUUUACAGAAAAUGGAUUUUGAGGACUCGUCGUUUGUUCUGCUAAAUACACAACUGUUCUGUUUGCAGUAAACGAGGUUCGUUAAUUAGAAACUUGAUUAGAAUUUUCAACAUUCAUUUCCUUGAAAAGACAUUAUUCUAUGUUUUCGAAUUAAGAAUCAGCGGAACUCGGCGCUAAUUACGAGUUUAAUUCACUUUGGAUUGUCAAAAUACGUAGAAUUUAUAAUCGACAAUGUAGGGUUAAUGUUUUCCUCGGAACACAGCGUGUUCCACGUUCCGUGAACUUUCAUAUUCAUCGUCGAAUAAUUUGAAAUGCUUAAGUCUCGGGAAAACACCCAGGAAAUCAUUUCCCUGGAUGAUUAAAAGAAGAAUACGUAUCGAUUGCGAGGCACGCGUUGCCUUGGAAUUUCACUUUAAUGGGAGAAAUUUGUACCUGUUAACCAUUAAACCGUUCCCGCCCCAUUUCUUGGUCGAAACACGCUGAACUCGUACACGAUAACGAUCGGAUUCGCUGGAAAGUUUGAUUAAAACCUGACCGCGGGAAGCAUAGAAUGAUUCAUUGUUCUUGGAACGGGUGCAUCGCGUUCGCCUCCUCGAACAGGUGAUACCGGGAAAAGCGGCGUCGUGUUUCCGGAAACCAGGUGAAACGUUUCAUUGUACGUACACAGCAUUUUCGUCGUUACACCCGUGACGGUAAUAACUGUCUUUGUCUGGACGUGUUGCCAGGAACAACGAAACGCCACCACCUUUGUUCAAAUAACGAAACCACCGUUCCGAUUUAACGUGUGUCAUUCCCUUCCAUUAUCUUUUCGACACCUGCUAUGCCGUGUGAAAUUCAAGGUUUGUAGGGCUAAGGUUUCGAGGUUACAAGGCUAAGAAACUCGUCAUGAAAAUGAAGGGAAAGAUGUAAGAUAUGCACCUACCUUAACCCUCGAACCGCGGUACUAGGUCGAUCCAGACGUAUGAAACAUGCAACGGUACUUUGACUAAGAUUAGGCUCUCAAAUUGUUCAACGAAAGGCUGAAGAAAUGGGCAGAAAUAUUAAAAAAUGAAAGAGUGAUAGAUUAAAUUUGAAUCCGCUGAUAUUGACAAUUGGAAAAUUAGAUAGCAAAAUUGAAUUCUGUUACUUUUCCUCGGUAAAAGAUCGAUCGGUGAGUAUCAAAUCGCCUCUUCAUCCUCGAACCCCUUAGUUUGCUCUUUGGAUAUUGGAUCCCUGCCUGUUUGGACUCUUAAUGGAAUCUUCAAUUCAAUGUUGUUUGCGAUUGCUUUCUCUCUCUCUCUCUCUCUCUCUCUCAGCAAAGUGUAUGUUCUGCCCGUCCCAAGGAGGUGGUCGAGAUUGAGAAUCGAGGCUAAGGGAGGAUCUAAAGUAUCCGAUUGCUAACCAUUACAAUGUAACUGGACUAGAAUCUCGGUUUUUUAAAUACAGAUAUUAAACGAGGGAAAUCGUCGAUAACGGAACGAAUCAUUCUCUGUUGAUAGUCUAAAGAAUCGAGAGGAUCAAAGAAGACAUCGUUGGCUCGAUCUAAAUGGAGUUCUAAUUCUUGGCCGGUAGUGCGAUUGGGUUUGCGGGCCGAAUGAAAUUCCCUCGGUGUAUCCAAUUUGUUACGUUUCGCGAGCCGUGAGAAGGCGAAACCGCAGCAACGAGCAUUAGCCCGGGCAAAAAAACCUAUUGAUUAUUAUAAAACGACCAGCUAGUAUUUCUCUCGCUGCCUACUUACCUACUUAUUCUCUCGACUGUCCGUCGUGCCUCGUUGUUCCGUGAAAAACAGCAUCUGACAACCCUCGUUUCGUGCGUUUCGCGAACAACCGAGGUGUUCAUCAUCUCGUUUCAAUUUGUCAGCUAAUAAUUUCCUCCUCCGUAAACGAUCGGUCAUUUGUCGUGAUCACUUAGACACGAAUCUAAAUAAUUUUCGUGGAAAGUGGAAGUUGAUUGUGAAAUCGAGGAAUUUUGUUUAACGAGCUUUUCCGAUAGGAAAAUAAUUUAUUUUCUAUAUUUGAUUCUAUUAAGUUAGUUGUACGGUUAACGUUCGUGCGUUGCAAUAAACAUCUCCGAGUUGUACUAUCAGUCGUAAUUACAAUUCAACAGGAGGAAGCGUAAAGGUUAAUUACUCUUGUACAUAUAGCGGGUAAUUAUUUCUAAUCUGAUGUUUGUACAUGGAAUAUGGAAUUAUCUUGUCGAGAUAGUAGGAGGAGAUAAAGAUUUAAAUUCGAAGUUUUGUUUCGCCGUGCUACGUGAGUCCGUUAUCAUUCGAAGAAAAUGAAUUUUCAAAACCGGUCCCAUACGCGUGCACUUGAUUACGUUUCUAAUUAACCACUUUCCUUUACUACGAAACCGUAAUUAACCAUGUGAAUGAGCCUCGGUAGUUUUCAUAUUUCUGGUAAAAUAUCAGCCUGAUGUUUCAUAAGUAGAGGGUUAAUGAGAACGUGAUAUCUGCUCGUUGACCUAAAUCGAGUUAAAACAUUCGCUUUGUUUGUCAUCUUCAAGUGCCUCUUCUACGGUCAAGUAUACCAUAUGGGACGUUGAAACAAGCUGUUGAACCUUGUAACGCAAGGCUCACACGCGACACGGUUGCCCCUUUAAUCUAAACGUUGAUCGUCUAUUAUUAUCAAAAUGCAUUGUCUACGGUGCAUGUAUGGCCGUUUAAUCGAGACGUCUCUUGGUUAAUGGAACCUAGAACGCCCACAAAAUCGAAUCCAUCCACUUUCGACGACGUACACGUAGGAGAUGUAGUAUCCUCGACGAGGAAUGCGACGCAUCAGGUUAAUUGAUUGUUCGCCGAAGGGAUCGUGUCGUCACGCGAUGCAUCGGCUCGAAUUGGAACACCAUUCGCGAUCUAGACGAACGAGAAAACAUCCAUCGACGAGAGAGUGGAUUGGACAUGCUAAUCUUGUAGGAGUAACCGAUUGUCCGUUUUAUGCCAUUGUAAAGUGUACCGUGUCCCGAUUGAACGCUUUUACCAGUUCGUGUGGGACGUUCGAGGGAGGGUUUUUUAACAGACGAGAUAAUUGAAUACGUAGGUGUCGAUCUUUCUCUCGUUGAAUACAGAGGGUUGAAGAAUUUCUUGACCCGAAUACGUCGAUUGUUCAAACGUAAGCAUCGAAUCGUUCGAGGACAACGAACCCAUUUUCCAAACAUUUCUAUUCACACUUCAAGCUAGAUAAUCUCGUUCAUUUACAGUUUGAUUUUAAUAAAUCGUGAACGCGAGCGAAAGAAGAAGAAAACUUCACUUACACAGACCGUUCGGUAUUUUUGCCGGUGUACGCAACGUUCGCGGAAUAUACGGCACGGUGUUUCCGAGGCAUGUGCGGCGUGGCAAGUGGCGCGGAACGCAUUAUUUUGCUUUGGCAGCUUUAAAAUAUGUUGCUACUUGCGAGCGUGGAAACGAGGAGAAAGAUAAAGGUACAGGAGAAGCUUAGCGUUUCGAAGCUUGCGUGCCGUGUAAAACGGCGGAGAAACGAGGACGUCCAAUGAAAUCAAUUUUCGCUUGGCCUCUGAUUCUUUUUCCUUUCUCGAACAUCAAAUAUUUCAGCAACUCUAAUUCCAAAUAAAGUCUUCGAAGUUUCACGCUGAGUUAGCUUCUCGUUAACAGCUCAUUCGUUUUCACUUUUCAAAUAACGCAGGAUGAAUCGUUCGAUUUUCCUCCCUCGUCUUCCAUCCAUCUUGAUCGAACAGAUUCGAUAUUACUUCGCGAUAGAAAUGCUAUCGUUAUCUCGAGUCAAUUACUUGGUCGAAGAGAAAAGACUGAUUUCGAGGCCGUGAAACUUUCUCAACGGGAGCCGCGCAAAGUCAAUUCGACGACAGUUAAGUAAAUUCGAGUUUCUUGGAUAAAUCUUUCAAACGACCAAGUAAUUCGCGCCGAGUAUUUACUUGGAUCUGAUUUGCGCGAAAUCUUGGGUUUUUCUGAACGAUAUCUCUGUUCGUUUUCGAAACGGAGAAGGUUUUACCCUACCGUUUUGUCCCACUUUCGUUUACACGAUUCAUCGUCGCGGUUUCGAUGUGUUCGACGUUGAAUUUACGAGAAUACGCGCGCGGCUUUGGAAAGUCGCCGGUUAAUUAACCGCGGACGAGAGAGUAUCGAUUCAGAAAGGGCGAUAACGAGGCCCCAAGGUAACCGAACAAUGUCCGCGUAUGUAGCCGGUACCGUUAUUUUUUAUCAUUUCUUUUUCCUUUUAUUUACAACAGUUGCUUCCAGGGCCUCUCCUGUUACGCAACCAUCGUAACUGUAUAUUCUGAGCGUGUCACGGGAUCAGCCCGAGAAAUAUAUAUCUAGCUUGGAGCGAGCUUUCGGCGAGAACUUACGAGCCUCCUCUUGCACCACCACGCGCCAUGCUGUACGGAACGGUCGUCCUUUCAGAUCGAUAAAUCGGCGUUUCGAUACACGGACGAUUGUGAAAUACGCGUCUUCUCUCCAGAGUUCCGCUAUUUUUUCUUGUUUUUUUUUUUUCGUAUUACGGACCAUUUCGUUCUAAUGCAAUUUGAAGGGUUUGAAAUAUUUUCCAAGUUCAGGAGAAACGGAUGUUCCAUCGGGAGGUUGAAAAGGGGCGUCAAGACGAUGAUUUUUGUUUUCAGCUCGCAUCCGCGAGACGAAUGCCUCUGCAUCUCGUCUGCGUGCUAAACUUUCACCACCGUGCAUUGUCCUCGUCCCCGUGCCAGCUCGCUGGCGUUAAUGCACUCGCAUACGAGGCUUUCGUUUCGCUAGCGACAGUUUGUUCAUUCAAAAACAGAUUUCUUUCCCCCCUGUAACUUGGAUCGAUUCCGUUUCGACGAGUAUGCUCGUAGACGCCAUCGAGCACUUUCUACUUGUACAGCAAGUCACUGGACAAUUAUUUAUCUUUCUAUGAAUAAAAAUUGUACAGAAUCGUCAUUCGAAACUGAAGGGUUUGGCGAAGAUUUAAGUACCCCUACUUUUAAACUCGCAUGUUACUUGAAAUUUUGAAGAGUAUCAUUGAAGAGCAAUGGGGAGGGAGAGUCGAUUUCGUGUUUGAUUUGUACCAACCUCGUUUCACACACGUGAACGAGGAACGAUUUGCGAGAGAAUGGAUAACAACUCGGCUUCGGGGCCGCACGUUUUUUCGUCGAGCAGCAGUUAUCGCUGUCAUUCCCGAAAUUGCAUCGUUGCACGCGAACAGAGACAAUUCGUUUUACAAAAAUAAAAUCAGAUAAAUUUGAAAGUGAAGUAUUCGAGGUCUUAGCAAUUAGAGGGUGUCCGACUAUCGUGUUCAUUUCCACUAAGGUGUUAACGCGGCAGACCUCGAUUGUUCGAAGUAAAACGAGGCAAUUCCUGCGAUAACGAAAAACUCGGCUAUCGCGUGACAAUGAUUUAUAAUAGCCAAUAAAUCAUCUAGCAGAAACAUUGUUCUCUCGGGAAAAUCCACACGUGUAUACAACAAAGACCCAAUUUUCGAGACCAUUGAGCUUCUAAAAAACUAAUUCCUGUUUCUAUUUUAAGGCUCGACUGGUCUAUUUUUAGACCGUGAUAAUAUCAUUUUCAAUAAAAUUUCAGUAGGUAUAAAUAUCAUGGAAUUUUAUAUUGAAAAGACGACACGACGCCUAGACCUCCUGUAUUUUUGCAGCGUCGCGUCGUUCCGGUGAAAAGGCGGCUUUAAGCUUGAUCCCGAUUACUCGAGUCCAUUGAGAGCGUUUUACCGAAGAAUAAAGCGGAACCUGGGGCAAUCUUUCCAAUUGCAACAAACUUUCUCCAACAUUUUUCUAUGUACCUAUAGAUUAACUCUUUUUUAGAGAACCUUAACACAAGGUUGCUUCGAUUUAAUAGAGGCUACUCUCUCUAUCUCAAGGUUUCAUCGAGCUUCCAGAACAAAGCUGUGAUUAUUCAUAAAACUCGCGAUUAUAGUCCGUGACAGACAAUAGUGGUUCGUUUCCACCGUGACUUCCUCCUCCUUUUUGUUACGAAACACUUUCAUCCAUUUCGUUCCUCUUUUUCGCGAUCCUCAUAUCACGGUAAGGAUCUUGUAAUUGUUGAAAUUACGAGGAUUGCGUAAUGUCUCGUUUGUCAGUGGCAGCGACCCGUGAGAAGGAUGUAACAGAUUUACAAGGUGACGUUUAAUUAUUCAGACUUUAGAAUCUUUUGUUCGACAUGAAAAUGUUUAAGACAGAAAUUAAAAUUGCGAAAGUCAAGGAUUCCGCGAAAAGUGUUAAAUACCGUGCGGAUAUUUUGUUUCCCGUUUAUUCGUUGAACGGUGUCUUUACAAGGGGGAGUUGAAGAAGGUUGGAUUGUGUCCAGAUCGCGGUAGUUGGUAUCUAAAGGAAAGAUCGAGGCUUAAAGUCGCGAAUAUAUCGAACGGUUCGUUCCGAAGACUUGCCACGGACAAGAGUGGCUCGUUGGAAGAAGCGCGAUAAAUCGAAGGAUUUCGAGUGCACGGCAGCGCCAGGAAGGAGACAGUGCACGGAACGAAUGCCGAUUUUACAGUCGAAUGUUGCACGUGGAUUCUUACUGGGCCAAUGCCGCUUUACAGAACGGAACGAACGUUCUCUCGUUUUCCACUUUUUUAAUUGGCCUCGCGAUGAUAAAUCCGCGCACUCGCGCCACCUUUAAUUGCAACCCGCUCGUCGAUUCGCCGCGUUCUCACGGCGCCCGAUGAUUUUAUCGGCUCUACGCUUGAAUUCGUAUAUUCGAUCGUUUUUUCUUUUAAGCAUCCCAUUGAAAUUCCGUCGCUGCUCGAACGGGCUCUCCAAAAUGAUUUUCAUCCAUCGGAAACCAUUUUUCUCUUGAAAUCGCUAUUACCAACAGACGAGAUAAAUUAAAUCACUUUUCUUGCAACAAUUAUGUCUACAAAGUUACUAUAAAAUGAAGCGAUCCGAAUAGGCACGCCUUUACGACUAAACACCGUCUCGCCAGUCCCUGUUUUUAUUCCCUCAGGAAAUCCUUCAAGCUUUACAGCCUAGACAUGCUCGAUUGCUGUCGCGAUCGGGCAGAAAAAGAAGGCAAACUUCGAUUUAAUAUCGCGUCUCCACUCGAGAGCCCGUUUUUUUGCUGUCCAACCCAAGUCAAGCCCGAGGACAAAUUAAUAUCCCCGUUGGGAAAUGUUGCUCCUCGUAUUUAUUAUCAUUCCAUUCCCUCUCCGAUGGCCGGACGAUGCCGGAGAAGAGCGGGGUCAGAAAAUGCCGCUAGAAAAUGUGUAUUGCGACCCAGUGACACGACGAAGAUCCCAGCAACCGUUAUCGCGUGCUGCCGCCGCUUUUUCUCCGUGUUUCUGCGACACGUUUCAGGAAUGCGAGGACGUUAUCGAUGCUGAAUAGUGGUUCUUGAUCUCGACUCCCUAACAUAUGGCUACCUGGCAUGCUAGCUUCUCGAAGCAAGCGCGAAAGUCUUGCGAUUCAACGCCGGAGGCAGCUCGUUCCAUUCCGAUAUCUUGAAAUAUUCAAAAUGUAAACGUAACAGAUUGUUUACAAUUAUAGCUUGUAUAAUCAAUAAUCUUCAAACAGCAACCGUAGCAAACUUCGCGAUCGAGCACCGAAAAAGCGAAAGAAAAAAAAAAUCGUUUAUCCGUUUCUCGUCUUCCGUCGUUUCUCUGUCCUUGAAAAGCAAUUAAACGCAAGUGCGCCUCCGUGAAACAGCCUCAACGAGAACAAGAUGUACUCCCGACGAAGCCGAUAAUUAAGAAGAGAGAGUCGAGCCAGCUCCCUCGACUAUCUCCGCUUUAUGCCCGUUCCACACUGAAACGAAUAUUUCGUGUUCCACCUAACAAUCUUACGAAUCACCACCUGAAGUACCAUGUCCGUUCGAUAACGAAAUUUCAUCUAAUAGUAUUAAUCCUUGGAUUGGACUUUUACAUUACAGACAGACAAAAGCUUUCAGGAAUCUUUGUUCCUUCUAUUACAAUAAAAAGACCUUGAUCUAUUCAUUUAUUCAUAAGAAGACACUUCGAUCGACAGUUUUUACGAAGCUGUUCGACGGCAACAAUGAUCCACGUGGUUGUGAAGGCAGCAUUACGCGGACAGGAAAGAUCCUCCGUUAUAAAUAAAUUCAUUCGUUAUCGGAAUAAGCCGUUGUCUCUUCGAACGAGUGACCCACUUGUUACCACGAUGCGGAGGAGGAGGAGGAGGAGGAGGAGACGGCAAGAAGUGGCCGCGUUCGAUGCGCGUAAAAGCGCAGGAAACCAACGUAACUUCCUUUGUUCCUCGAAACAACAAACGAUACCUAAAUGAAGAAAUGUUGUAGAACAAAGUGGAGGAGGUACAAACAAUCGAUUCGCUUUUGAUCAUCGAGAAAAGUAGAUCUGUUCUGUUUGAAGAGAAACUUCCUCGAAACGAUGGAAGAGGGCGAGGAGAAAAAAGAAAUGAAACGAGGCUCGAUAUCGAACUCAAUUACCCGCGAUACAUCGAGCCACGUAAAUAAAUUCAAUCCACCGGACGUGCCGUUGUCUCUGCGGUCGGCCGUGGUCCAAGUGACCCACUUCCGUCGACCAGGAAGAAGACGAAGAGCAGCGACGAUUCCAUGGGGUAGACGAAAACGCGACGAAGGGGAAUCCAUGGAAAGGAAAGAAAGGCAUCCAGGAAUCGGAAUUGUACAGAGUUUUAACUGCCUCUCGUCCAUAAACCUUGAUGUUAUGUCGUGGAAAUCCUCUUUUACGCAGCUAUAAAGAUGUCGUGGGCUGAUCAAUUAGAGACGCGCAAGGAACGACGAAAAUUCGACACGAAACGAGGAUUUGAUUCAAAUUUAUGGGAUAUAAAUGCUACUUUGCGGUACUUUUAUGUCACCAAACCGUGUCGGAUGCUUAGCAUCUCUUUUGAAACAAAGUUUGAUAAAAUUUGACAAAGUUUAACGAAGUUUGUCUACGUUUGUUGCUGUGAAUAUUCAACGAAUCUGCAAGCUGGACUUGGUUACUCUCGUGAAAUUCAUCCGGUUGUCAUAGAUUAAAUCUUUCGUUACCACGUAACAGCAAUAGAUCAGAUCUUAGAACAGAUGAUGCGCUUCCAGACCUACUUUCUUACGGCGCUUCGUCAGCCCGACGAUUACUCAGAGAAGUUGUGGGCAAAACCCUCGCGAGGUUGGUAUCAUUACCAAGGAAGGCUGGAUCCACAAUUAGCAGAAUUCUCGGCCAUGCAUGAUUUCUGAAGAAGACCACCGUUGCCUAAUUAAAAUUUCAUGUAACACGCAACGUUGGAGACCUACAAAUCUGCAAACAGAGAAACUCCAGAUUUUCUAUGGCGUAACUAAUAGAACUUUAACAAAUUUUCCAUUGUUUUUAUGUCAUCAGAUCUUGUCAAACUUUCUACGUUUCGCAAUCGUGCGCCCGAUACGCAACAACCAGACAAUUGCAUACAAACGACAAAUGCAUAAGUUAAUAUUCCAAGUGAAAGAACAAUCGUGCAGCUUUUAAUUCGUGUCUCGUACAGCAGCCGAAUACUCGCGGACCACCCCGAAUUGAACGCGUGUCGUCGAUGCAGCAACAACAACAGCAACAACAGAGUAUCAUGCGCAUCCGUGUUCGUUCCCCGGCGACUUUCUUUUUCGUUGCCUUUAGCGGCGCUCUUAUAACGAGCCGCAAUUAACGAGGCCAGUCUGGCCGGCAAUUUCGAGCAUUCGUGUAACUCUGGCGAGGUGGAUGGUCUGGGUUGGUUGGCCAAGAAAGGGGAGUUGCUUCUAAGUCAUCCCGUUGGAGUGGUAAAUUCCGGUUCGGCUAAUCGGCCCGGCUGCUGCAUGCAUCCUCGUUGCUUGCCAGCCGCAUUCGAAAUGAGCCGGUCCCCCGCAGAGGGUCCUCUAUGUAUUUUAAACGUAUGCAAAGCCCGGCGAACCGAGAUUGGCCUGCUCGAUUUAUGCUCUAAUAUCAGGCUGAAUUUCGCGCGAUACAAUUACGUCGAGGUAAUGGUAUCGCGAAGCAACGAGGCUCCUUCUCAUCGCGCAAACGACGAAACCGUCGCUACGCGUCAGUCAUCCUCGAGCGAAGCAGCACAAAUUGGCCCCGAGCUGGCAGAUUGAUUUUCAUCGGUCCAGCUUUGUCCGCUUAUAGAUUGCAUCGUUGCAAAUUGAAUUACUCGGAACUGGUUUUCCGUUCUGUUUCGUCUGAAACGGAACGCUUGGAAUUCGGUGGAGAGCCGGCUCUGUAACGCCGUGUUUUAUCCGUUCAAAACUCUUGCAUCCACCUUCUUGGCACUGGUCCAUCCGAUGUUCCUGGAAUUCGACCUUUUCUAAAGCAACCUACGUGAUAAAAUGCACGCUCUUGUAUCCUUCCUUUCUAAACGAUAAGGGUGUUUCUCUCGAUUCCACGCGGGACAAUUUUGAUUUUGUUAGAGAUUGAGUAGCAUUCUGUUGUGCGGUGGGUCUGAGAAAUUGGGCUCUGUCGCAGGAGAAAGGAUCAACGUGUAAUCCGAUGUUGUUCGCCGUCCCUUCGCUGUCGGAUCGAGAAGAAAAAUGAAUCAAUCCCUGUCGUGUAAUCCUUCUUGAACACGUCGAGCUCGUUUCUCCGGGUGGACUCUUCUAACCCGACUCGUGCCACGAAAUUGCAAGCUCGACAAUUUCACGUACAAUUUCAUCCAGGUGAUAUCUAAAUUACAUUGACUGUUAUCCUAUGGAAAAUUCCAUAGAUCCCUAUGCAAUUCGUAUACUCUCACGACUGGAUAAUUUAACGACGAAACGGUGUAAAGGGGCGAGGCGCGUACGCGAUGCAUCGUGUAUGCAGCGAGGGAAGUGCAUCUUCUGCAUCGAUCGCGUGAGCCACGCCGAACGGGCUACGGGAAAAAAGGGAAAAAAGAAAGCGAUUGUCGAGCGGCGAGGAGAAAUUCCUUUUUCAACGUGUCCUGUCGGUGCCCGCUGUCCGACUGGAAACAAUGGAAUCAACGACGACCGCGAUGUACGCGAUGCAAGUGUACCGUGAAAAGAAAAUGCAUCUGCUUGCCUUGUGCUUUACGAACCGUCCUCCCAUUAGCGGAGAAAUUACACGAUUCGGUUAGAUCGCCUCGAAAAGUGUUCAAUACCAUGAGAAACGAUAAGGAUCCUUCCGUAAACUCUCGACGAAUCCGUGUAACUUUAAUAAUGAUAUUAAUUCAUUACGCGGUACACUUGUGUAAUCGAGUUUACAGGAUAUUGAUAUUUAAGUCACGGUUAGGAGAUGAUAAUAAAAGAUUACACAAGUGAAAUUUCCUGGGUAAGAGAAGCAUCGGUAGAGAGAAGGAUAGAAAAGGGGUUAAUUAAUCGUGUCAAUUACCCAUUUACCACCUGGAGGAAAAAAAAUCUCGGUUUCAUUAGGCGUUUACCAGGCGUUUUCCACUCUGAAUCGCCGGACUUUUCUACGCGUACGGACGCCAGGCGAUACCUCCUGCUAUAACGCUUCCAUCUUUCUCUUUUUCUCCGUUUUAGUAUCUAGCUCAUCGCAAUAUAUCUUCGCUAGCGCGUUCGCAAUUAGUGGACGCAUUUAAUACAAAGUAGCGCCUUAAUUAACAACUCAAGGCGAUUUUCACCUGGCCCGUCGUGUUAUCAGCGAACAAAACUAUAGGAUAUUGCCUGUAAGGGGGGAGAAAAGAAAAAUCGAUGAAACGAAUGGACGAAUGAACGAGCGCCGUUAACCGUUGCCGCGCGAUAAAAACGAAACGAUAACGAGCAACGGUACUAACGAAUCGUUGGAUGGUUGUUGGUUGUUUAACGACGACAGUCGUACAUUUCGCGAAUCACGGUUCUACCUCGUUAACCUAGCGACAGCGUAAUUAUUUUCUGCUAAAAGUAUGACAUUAGAAUAUCCUUUCAAUCUAAACUGAAUACGACUGAAUAGGUACAAUGUCUCUUUGGUAAAACUAUCAAAGUUUUUGGCUGAAACUUUUUAUUGUAAGUUUGGUGCCAAAGAAUUGGCCAUUAUUUCCUCAGAAUUACAGAGGUAUUAUCUUUCCCUCUGUCAUUUUAUCGCAAAGGCAAUUAUUUAAAAUAUAAUUAUUUCAUUUUUCCAUGCCGAUCACCGACGACUUCUCGUUCCCUUUCCAUCGCGCUUUUCCGCGAAACUUGUCGUUCUAUUUCUCUUUUUUCAUUCAUAGUCGCGUUUCUUGCCAAUUGGCAAGCGUGAAUCGCCUCUCCUCGUGAUUGUUUACGCUCUCCUCUAUGGAAUACAAACGAAGGCGAUGCUAAAGCGUCAAGAAGAGGACAUUCAUGAAUAAGCGAGGGUGUUAAAGUUGCGCCGCGGUUGAAACAGCAAUUUUGGUGAAAGUUAAUAUUCAAAUACUGUUAUCUCUGGAUUGCAGGUGGAUCGUUUUGCAUAAAUGGGAUAAGAAGUGUCUGGGUUUCUUGAGAGAUACAGGUAUUGUUCUGAUUCGAAAUGGAAUGAAAUUUUGAACGGACGGAUGAAACAAUUAAACGGGGACAUGGUUGCGCAGGGCGUAGCAAAUUUUUCUUCCUGCUUCGCAGAAGACGGUACUCGUUAGACCGAAUAACUAGAGCGAGAACUUCAAAAACUGGUGAGAGUGGCAUCGAAAGCCACAUAUAGACCCGCGCCACGAUUCGGCUUGUCUGCCUUAACAACAAUAUCCUCCGGCUCGAAGCUUGGAUGCAGAAAUCUAAUCGACUUGGAUUUCUUUUUCUAUCACAAUGGACGUAAUUGUAUUUUUCAUGAGCCGCAAGAAAAUUAGUGGCCAGAACUGGUACAAACUUUCGAAUGCUUAUGAGACACAUUUGGAUCGUGUUAUUACACGUUACUCGUGCUUGGUAGGUACAUUUGUAGUGCAAAGGAUUAAUGAUCCUGUCUUGGGGCCUAGUUUUCAUUAGCAGCGUAACGAACAAAAUGACGCUUUUCAAAUUGUCAGAGUUCUUUUGUCAUAAUGUAUUCAAGAGCGAUCGGUCUAGGCGUUGAUUUCAUACUUUCAUCCAUACUCAUUUGUAUUUUUUAACUUUCUUCGAAGGUGCGAUGUCCUCUGAACACGAUGGCAAACGAGGUCCCAAUUCCGUAACGCGAGAUAACGUUUCAAAGGCGCGUGUAUCGAGGAGAAUCCUUGGAAUGAUCGCUCAGAGCGAUGUCCACAGAGGGAGGAGACGCAGGACUAGACUCUGGACGAAGCAGGUAGCGCGAGAGGAGGCCGUCGGCCUCGACUGUUCUCCAAGAGGUCGACCCACUUCGCCCAAAGGCGAGAGGGACCGUACUGGGAUCAGGAUGCGGUGGAUCGGUUACGUGGCCACAAUUCUCUGGUGGUCGGGCAUCGCCAGGUCUCUCAGCACGCUGAAUCGAGGUUACAAAAUCACCCCGAAGCCGUGCAGGGUGCCGGGCCCAGAGUCAAAGGAGGGCACGUGCAUGUUCGUGUGGGAGUGCAUCAAAUCGGAGGGCACGCACGUGGGCGUGUGCGUGGACACGUUCAUGUUCGGCAGCUGUUGCGUGCACAAUUCGACGUCGAACACGAUCACCGCACCCCAUCAGCAUCAGUCGAACCCAUUGAGACCGACCCUGGCAGAGGCGUUGGGCAACGAAUCGACCAGGCCCACUCUCGCUUCUCUAUCCGGCUUCCUAGUCACGGAUUCGAGCACCUCGCGACCCGGUCACCGUCCAUCCGGGACGUUCGACUCUUUCGCGGGCCAGGGCAGACCGCACAGACCGCUAUCGGCCGGUUCCGCUAGACCGUUGCAAAAAAGACCGCACGCGAAACCCGCAUCCGAUCACAAGGACAGGAUCCAGACGUCGGUGGCCGCGGCCUCGUCGAAUUUCUGGGAGAAGAACCAGCAGAGCACCAAGAGACCCGGCUCCUCUGAUCUUUGGGAGAAGGGAUCGCAGAGCACCAAGAGACCAGGAUCCUCUGAUCACUGGGAAAAAGGAUCGCAGAGCACUAAACGACCUUCCGAUCUUCCGGAGAAAGGAUCUCAAAACGCGAAGAGACCAGGGCAACAUAGUACCAAGAGACCUGGUAUCUCUAAUCUCUGGGAGAAUAGCACUCAAAGCACCAAGAGGCCAAGUCACAAUACCCAGAAUCUUCAGCAAAAGACUAGACCAGAAGAUGGUCAGCACACGGCUGUUAAGGAGAAGGACUCUUCUUAUACCACUUAUCAGAAUCAUCACCAGGGUUUCAAGGAUAAAGUGGACACGGCACAUAACACGUUAGUGAUAAGGCUACCUGGGAAGGAGCAAGGGUCUAGUAAGGAUAAGAACACUAGGCCGAACAGGCCGAACAACCAAAGACCGUCGGAAUCGAGACCUGACGAUAGCAAAACGGAGGAUGCCGAUCUAAGUGUCCAGGAGUCGGUGCACCGACCGAGCGUCAAUUCUGUCGAUGAAAAUGAACCCGCGAAGGAACCACAUCCCAGUUUGAACUUCAUUCAUACCGAACGUCCACAAUGGGCGACGAAGCCGAUAUCAGCGAAACCAACGACGGAAUUCUCGAAACCGUUUUUCUCGAUCAAAACGACCACUUAUCGACCGGUGUCGAUGAGUGAUCAAUCAGACACGAGGCCGAACUUCAUCUCCAAACCUAGCACUUCGAACGUUUCUACGAAGACUACGACCACUGCCAGGCCGACUUACGCGAGUAGCUCCACAACCAGCGCAGCCGGAUCCGUACCACAGACCUCUCACUGGCAAGUGACCACAGAGCCAGCGUUCGUCACGAAACAGAGGCCAGUGUCGUCGACGAAACCGAUGAGUUCCUCCGAGACCGCUAAACCUAUCGCCACCAGUUCUCAUUUCUGGUCGGAGAAUAGCUGGACACCGCCUAGGCCGUCCUUGAAACCACACUGGACGGACAAUCCUAGCCUCCUUCAGAACGGGCCUGAAGCCUUUCCACCGCGACCGAGUUUCAAACCGACCGAACCGCAAGAAAGUACCGAGUUUCAUAAACCGCUCGGUUCAGCACACUACAUAACCACGUCCCAUUUCGAGACAUCCGCCAGGCCCAGACCCACGAAGAAGACCACCACGUCCACCACAACAACCACCAGUACCACCAGUACGACCACCAGUACUACAACAACCACCACAACCACCACAACGACCACUCCAAAACCAGAUACGACCAUGACCACUAGCGAGCCAGCCACGAGGACAGGCUCGGUGUUGACAGUUCCCGCGGCAGCCGAGAGCAAAGGUAUGCAAUGCGGUGUACCACCGCUGUUUCCGCGUCCAGAGACGAGGAUAGUCGGUGGCAAGGACGCGCCGUUCGGUCGAUGGCCUUGGCAGGUGUCCGUGAGGCGCACCUCGUUCUUCGGCUUCUCCAGCACCCAUCGCUGCGGCGGGGCGGUGCUGAACGAGAACUGGAUCGCGACCGCGGGACAUUGCGUCGACGACUUGUUGACCUCUCAGAUCCGCAUCAGAGUCGGUGAAUACGAUUUCUCGUCGGUUCAAGAACGUCUACCGUACGUGGAACGAGGUGUAGCGAAGAAAGUCGUUCAUCCGAAGUACAAUUUCUUCACGUACGAGUACGAUCUGGCAUUGGUCAGGCUGGAAAGCUCGUUGACAUUUGCCCCGCAUAUCUCGCCGAUAUGCUUGCCAGCCACCGAUGAUCUGUUGAUCGGGGAAAACGCCACUGUUACCGGAUGGGGGAGAUUGAGCGAGGGUGGCACCCUACCCUCGGUGCUGCAGGAGGUUUCCGUGCCUAUAGUGAGUAACGAUAGAUGUAAGUCAAUGUUCCUGAGGGCUGGUAGACACGAGUUCAUACCAGACAUAUUCCUGUGCGCCGGAUAUGAAAGCGGAGGACAAGAUUCCUGUCAGGGCGACUCGGGUGGUCCUCUUCAAGUAAGGGGAAAAGACGGUCGAUACUUCCUCGCCGGCAUAAUAUCCUGGGGUAUCGGUUGCGCGGAGGCGAAUUUACCGGGGGUGUGCACGAGGAUCUCGAAAUUCGUCCCGUGGAUCCUGAAGAACGUCACUUGACCCAGUUACGUUUUCGUCCAUCAUUUAUCACGGGACCUUGAUGACAGCUUAACGAAAUCGAUUCCUCGGAGUCUGAACGUUGCUCUGCGCGUGUCUUCGAUUUCUUCGAUGAUUUCUUAAUCAACGUGGAAGAAAAAGGCAACGAAUCACUGCCAAAUAUACGUGAAAUUUCCGAUCGACGACCUACGUUGAUCCUAACAAGAGAACACGAGACUCGAAACGAUAAACGCUUCCGUGUUUCCCUUUCGCGCAUCUCCUAACGGUGAUUUUAUUUCGCAAGAAAACACGAUGAAAAUAAACGCACGGGGGAAGGUGUAUCGGAUUGAAGUUUGAGAAACUUCCAUCUCGAAGACUGUCGCUUUGAAAGCGAAGCCAAUCAAACGCAGAUUACGCGAGACUGUGGAAGGUUUCACGUACGAGACCAAUAAAUAAAAGUCGUUCUUAAACGACGAAGGAACUCACAAGAAUUGUAUUUAUAUAUAUAUACAUAUAAAUAAGAUAAUAAUAUAUUUCUCGUCGAAUGGACGAUCAAGCAACGUUGUAUCAGCUUUUAUCAUCCUGUGUAUAUGAACAGAGAAGGAAGAGAAGUAAAGAGUCGCCAGCUUGACGUUGAAAAGGCCUCUGCAAAAUUAUGAUAUUAUUAGAAAAAAAAAUGAUAUACAUUUGAAAUUUCAGGCAGUUUCAGCAGCAAGCUCAUUUCCACUUGUGUAUAGCGAAGCCUGUAAAUGCUAAAUUCUUGCCCAUCGUUUCUAAUAAUUAAAUUAAAUCCUUUUUAUCCCUUUUGUCUUUCUGUCUGUCUGUCUCUUUGUCUUUCUUUUAUUUACAACUCACGAAUCCUUGUACAGACAUACAUCGUAAUACUUAAAGGUAGGUGUGUGCGAAUUAGAAAAACUCGACUAAAUAUAUAUAUAUAAUUGUUUAUAGAUUAUAACGAUAUUUAUAAGUAUGUCAAAUAAACACAUGUUUAUUAUUACUA